UCUCAGCCUCUGAGGUUGCCUCUUGUGUGCCAUCAGUCUUCAGUCCCCACAAGUAUAUAUAAACAAGGCCAAACACACACGCACCAUAAUUAUUUUCAGUAAUAAGACACUGGGCUCUCUACCACAACACCAUGACUAAGAGUCUUUGAAAUGGGACACUAACAAGCUAACAACACUUCCACAAGGGCUGCCUUCUGCAUGCUGUAUGCUAGACACAAAGUUGAUUUGAUCUUGGUGACAGGUGUUUACAUUUGUGUAUUUGUGUGGGUGCGUUAGGGGUGUGUUCAGGGGGUGGGGAGGGUUAAAGGACUCCGGGCCAAGGUAUAUGUAAGAUGCAAAAUUGGUGGUUUUCAACCACUGUAGAGGUGCAUACGGCACAGCAGCAACACAGAAAAGCUUAAGGGGAAAUCCAAGUCUUUUUUCGACUUUCUUUGUGUUUAGGGGAGACAAAACUAGAAAUUGGUGGUAGACAGAGAAGAACAAUAAACAGAAGGUACCUGACUGCACAAAGUCACCUUUUGUGGAAGUUCGUCUAACAACAUUUUUCUGCUUCGGUCCAUCUGAGAAGCAGGAUGUCUGACCUGCCUACUUUCCCCUGUAUGUCCUUCCUGUUGCUUUGCAUUUUGGGUAUGACCUUAGUGACAUCUGGCUUCCCUCAGCCUCGACUACAUCUCAGGAGUACUGAAAUUUCAGAGAAACCUAAAGGAGAUGAGUGGGACCUGCUCUUCCCCUCCAACUCUCUCCGUGAUUGGACCAUUGAAAUGAUGUCAGCACCCAUUCUGAGAGCAGCAGCCAAUAGCAAGGAAGGACUGAUGAGAGAGACAUGGUUCUUUGCCCCAGAGAAGCAAGACGCAAGCAUAGAUAGGGUGUGGCCUGCUGAAUGGUCAUCUCAGGGAGCCGGGAUGGUGAAGAGGAACAUGGUGGUGGCUGAUGAUACAGCCUUCAGAGAGAAGAGCAAGCUCCUUACCUCCAUGGAGAGACAGAAGUGGCUCAACUCUUACAUGCAGAAACUACUAGUGGUUAAUUCUUCUUGAUAACUCAGUCUUUACAGCCCUUCUACAAGAAAACUAAACCACUUUCUGAACUCUACACUGGCAAAAAGCCCUUUAAAAGGGUUCGCUGUGUCUCUGGAUGAUUGCUUAGUCAGUCAACUUAGACAUUGAGAUAGGGUCCUUAAACCUGUGUAUUAGUAGUGUUUAGGUCUAGCCUCUGGAAUCUGUUUCUGUUUCUUGAAGCACUUUCACUAUUUUAUUCCAAUACUCCUCUAAACUGCAAGCUGAUUAAGUUAUUGGUUUCCCAAAAGAUUGCUAAAUGAACAAUCCAGAAUGUUUUUAUGUUGAACAUAC